GCAAACGCUUCAGUCUAUGACAAGAUUUUAUCGUGUGCGUACGUAUGAGAUUUUUGAUGCGACGAUUGCGCAGUGUAGUUCUGUUUAGUUCAUUUCAAUUCGGGGUAUUUAACUCGCAUUUAUUAUAGUGCAGUGUAUGUGAGAACGAAAUAACAUUUUGUGUUGAAAACAAAAACAGAGAAAAACAAAGAUGAAGAAGCAACAUUAAAUGCGAUUUGUUGCAUAUUAAAGUUUCUGGCUUGCAACUCGUGUCAGUUUAACGGCAACAUUACAACGUGUUAGUGUGUUCUAUCUUUACUGUUCUGGUUGCUACUUUUCAAGCCGAUGUCCAAUGACUUUUAGGUUGACAUCAUCGUACUGUAAAUUGUUCUAGUUUUUCGUGGAAAAUAAAUAUCGAAAAAAUCAAAAAAAAAAAGAUCAAAAUAAAAAAAAUAAGGAAAAACGUGUUAAAAACCAUUUUUAAAUAUUAAACGGGUGUGUGUGUCUAAAUUGAUUCAUCGAUUCAUACAAUUCAUUCAUCAUUGUGACUUCAUUAAUUGAAAUUACUUUAGCGUGUAAACUUUAAAGUUGAUUCGAAGGAUUAUUUUCAAAUUGUGCUCGUCGUCAGUUCAUUCAUUCAUUCGAUUUGAUUCGAUCGUUUGACUAUUGUGUUUUGCUGUAAUUGCACACCUUACAUUGUGUUACGGUUGUGUAAACGAGAAAUUUGUACAAAAUGCUGCUAAUAAAAUUAAUUAUAGUCAGUUCACUCUGCCUUUUAAGUCUCACACACCGUGUUCAGUGUGAAAAGACGGAAAAUUCAGCUGUUUCAGCAGCAACGGCAGAGCGAAAUAAUAAAAAGGAUAUAAAAUUCACAGCAGCCGCACAAUCAACCAUUUAUAAAAUUAAAAGACUGAAUCCAUCAAAGGAUAAACAAAACUUGCAUAAACAACGAAUAGAAGAGCAACAACAGCAGCACUUGCAACAGCUACAACAAGGACAAACGUCAAGACAACAGGAUGUCAUGCAUCAUCAGGAAUACAAGGGAAAUAAGAAACAUACAGAAAGCGGCGGCGUUGGCGGCGUCGAUGUGACUAAGUUAAAUAAACAUCGCACAAAAAAAUUUCGCAAAUCGGGAAAAAAUGCUCAUGGUUUAAAUAGAAAAUUAUUAAACAAAUUGGGUUUUACUAAAGUCAAGGCACCCAACAGUCAUAACCGGAAACGUUUGGCCAUCGAAUCACGACGUCAUGCUUCACCAGAUGAUUCACACAUGUUUAUUAUAAAAUUACCGCCAAAUAUGUAUUAUUACACCAAUCCUAAACCAUCUACGUCUGGCACUGCAACAGUCUCAUCAUCCUCAUCGGCAUCAUCUCCAAAUUCUAUUGCCUCAUCGGUGGAUAAAAAAAAUUCUUUAGUACCUCAUGUACUUAAGGAUGAUACAAGUUCAACUAAGGAUGCUAACGGAAAAAAGGUCUCAUUCCCAUUUAAUUCAAAUGGCAAACCAGGACGUAUCUAUCAUUGGAAUUUACCGGUCAUUAAAAAGAUGCUCGAAGAUAAACAACGUUUUCCCAACGUUGCCAAUAUCGAACCGAAUAAAGUCGAAGAAUUGAUUGAUAUAAAAAAUAUACCAACAUGGUCAAAACCAUGGGAAAAUGAUUCGAUUGAAAAAUCCUACAAUCAAGAUUCAAUGAUGAGCUAUAAAAAAUCUCUUAAACGUAAAUCACCAACGUAUUAUGCACCAGCCAGUGCGGUCAAUAAAAACAGUUUUAAUAAAUACUUUUCGGGUAAUGGCAAACCUAAAGGAUUUUAUGUCAUAAAAGAGAAUCAAAAGAAACCAUCAUACUAUAAAAAUAUUGUAGCGUAAAAGAAAGAGAAAACAAAGAGGAGAAUAUUAAAAAAAUUAAAGACAAAAAGUGAGAAGAUUGUCUACGAAAGCAAAAGGUAAAAUAAAACAGGUUAAAUUAAUAUUAAUAAUAUUGGACUUAUAUCAUAAUCUUAAAGAAAACAAACAAAAGCCAUAUUAAUAAAACGAUUUUUUUUCUUUUGCAAAAGAACAAACACACAAUGUAAUGUGUAGGUAAUAAUGAUAGACAUUAUAUUAAUUGCAAAAUAUACAUACAUCCUAAAUUUUAUAACUCAAGCAUAAAGUAAAACUUUAGACUUAUCAAAAGACUAAUAAAACUAAAAACAUAAAUAAACAAAAAAAAUAAUAAAAGAAACAAAUUAUAUACAAAAACAUUUUAUACUUUUAUAUAAUGUAAACUGUUGUUUAAGGAUCACUUUCACAAGAUUUGGUUUAACUAAACUUAACUGAAUGCAUAAGCUCAACAGUUUAAAGAUUAAGCGAAUAGGGACAUAAAUUUAUAUAUAUUUUUUUUAAUUUUAAUGGUGUGCACCCUCUACUGCCAUUUUUUAUUUCGAAAAUCAACUUUUAUUGAAAUAUUGUGAAACUGAACCUUAACAAUUAAAAUUAAUCGAUUUACAUAAAAUUUAAUGGCUUUUUCAUAUCGAAAUGUCGAAAUUAAAAUACAUAAUAUAUAUUUUUAUAAUCGUACUAUCUCUCUCACACACUCAAAAUGGAUACAAUAAUAAAAAAAAAACAUAAAUUUAAAUGCAGACAAAUAUUGUAAUGGUAGUAAUUUUUAGUAAUAAUUUGUUUAGUAUUUUAAGUCAUUAAAAAAUUUUUUAUAUUUGUUUAAAUGAAAAGUUUAUUAAGGAAGUUUACAUCAGAACAGAAACCUAUAUAAUAAAGAAAUCAUAUUAAUCGUUAGCAUUAUUGCCACAUAAUCCUAAAUCCUAAUUACUAAAAUACACUUACAUAUUCAAAAUAAAAACAUGAGAUAUUACCCUGCUCCCGUUUUGAUAAUUUUCUAAAAACUAUCCGAUACCCAUCAUUAGACAUCGGUGCUCCACAGUAAUCCAUUUAGACAUCAACUUAUUACUGAUUAACAUGAGCAGGAUGAGUGGCCCUAUCUGAAUGAGCCCUAUCUGAGUGGACACACAGGAUUGCGGGUACAACUAUACAUAAUUGUACGAAUGGAUUUAGACGCAUGUAGAGCAUUUAAAGAGAUGAACUCUGGAAGUUUUCAUACAAAUCGGAUCCAAUCAAUAUCUUGAAAGCUACGUUAUACCACAUAUUACAUCCCUAAGGAACACUAAUUUGAAAAUUAUAGUAAAAGAUCGCACAACAGGGCCGUUAGAGACCUAGAUGUAUUUAUUUGGAAAAACGUCAUGUUAGGCCACAACUUUUAACUGCAUAAGAGGUCUUAAAGUGUCAAAAAAAAGGAGAAUUUUAGGCUCUUCUUUGAUCACAUAAAAUUUGACACAUCAUGAUCAUGACGAUCAAGUCCUUUUUAUCAUCAACAAAAGAUAUUCGUGAUAAAUUUUAUACGAUUAUUUGUUAAUGAUUUGUGUGCGUUUAAGCGUUUUUCGGAAGUGGACCUUUUAUAGAAGUUAUGACUAAUGUUGGGUCGAUCCGAAAUAUUUUUUAUAUCUACAAAGCAUUUUAGUUUUGAAUAUUGUUCUAAUACAGUUAAUGAACUUCAUUAAUUUAAUUGAUUUCCUGAAGUGGGACUUAUAUGAGAGUUAUGGUCAAUUAUGAAACGAUCCAGGUUUUAGUUGAUAAAAGAUUUAUGCAUACAUAUGUAUAUGCAAAACUGCAAAAUACCGAUAUUCUAGAGUGAAUUAUAACCAAUAAAUUCAUUUUCCAUAAAUUUCCCGAAUAGUUUGUACGAUGUAUGCGUUAAGAACGAACUGUGGUAUAAUAUGUACAUUGAGGAACGGAAAGACGUUAUCAGAGUAAAUAGGCUCCAGUGAUAUUUGCCGACUACUACUGGGCGAUCAAAAUGGACCAAUUUAAACCCAACAAUAUAAAAAAUCAUGGAUUUUUCAUUUACAUAUACAAUUUAUAUAUACUGAAAAAAUUCUAAUGAUGAUUUAAAUUAAAAUUGCAUUUUGUGCCCCUACUAUGGACUAUAUAUUUUAAAGAAAAAUAUGUUGGAAUCAGUACUUACCAAUAAGUAAUCAAGAGAUUAUAAGAUCUGAAAAUAAAAAAAAUAUUUUUUAUUAAAUUUAGAGUUUGUCAGAUAUACAGAGUCAAUUUACUUUAGCUUAAGACUUGUAAA